AUGGCGGCGUCCGGGAACACGGUGGAGCCCGGUCAGGGCGGAUCCCGGGGACGCGCGGCCCGCAUGAAGCGCAGAGGCUGCCGCGGGUCGCGCCGCGGUCCUGGCGGCGGUGGGGAGAAGGUCCUGAAGAGGCUCAAGCUAGCGGUGGAAGAGUUCGUGCAGGCGACCUCGGAGGGCGAGGCUCCCGUGAGCUGCGAGGGGCGCGGCGCCCCGGUGCGCUUCCGCCCGGGAGGGAGAAAAAGCCGCAAGGAACUGAGGAAGGAGAAGCGGCACCUGCGGAAAGCGCGCCGGCUGCAGAGGUCGGCGGGCCCCCACCAGGGUCCCGGCCCCGGAGGCGGAGCCGCAGAAGCGAGUGGUGCCCGGCGGGACACAGAGGAGCGCGCCCGCCCGGCUCCUAGUCGGGACCCCUCGCCUCCCAAGGAGCCGCGGCCGUCCCGGGCCAGGGCCAAGGCCCAGGCCCCUCCCGGGAAGCCCAGACCCUCCGCAGCCGCCACCGCCGCUGCCCGCAAACGGGCGCUUCUGGCGGCCAACGAGGAGGAGGACCGAGAGAUCCGAAAGCUGGAGCGUUGCCUCGGCUUGAACAAGCGUAAAAAGAAGGACGGCGGCGGCUCCAUACCGCUGAGCUUUGCACGCGACGGGCUCGACUAUAUUCUGGGAGCCCUGGAGUCUGAGAAAAAUAGCGGCUUGUACGACAGCAGUGGUGAGGAGGAGGAGGAGGAGGAAGAUGCCGGACGGAACCUCCCCGAAAGUGACUUGGAGAGUGACUCCCAGGACGAAAGCGAGGAGGGCGAGGAAGAGGAGGACAUAGAAAAGGAAGAGAAGGCGCUGCAAGCGGAGAGCGACGACGACGGCGAGGAUUUGGAACAGGAACAGGGGGAAGAAAAGGAGGAGGGAGCGCGGGAGAAAAGGAGGGGGAGGAGAGUCCGUUUUGCAGAUGAUGAUGAAGAAAAGAGUGAGAAUUCCUCGGAGAACGGCGACGUGACCGAUCAGGGUCUUUGUGAAAGUGGUGAAAAGUAUGUCCCACCUCAUGUGAGGCGAGCUGAGGAAACAGUGGACUUCAAGAAAAAGGAAGAACUAGAAAGGCUGAGGAAACAUGUGAAAGGUCUACUUAACAGGCUGAGUGAACCCAACAUGGCUUCCAUCAGCGGGCAGCUGGAGGAGCUCUACAUGACCCACAGCAGGAAGGACAUGAGUGACACCCUGACCUCCGCCCUCAUGGGUGCCUGCGUCACUGCCUCAGCCAUGCCCAGCAGACUGAUGAUGGAGCAUGUUCUCUUAGUCAGCAUCCUUCACCACACGGUUGGAAUUGAGGUCGGUGCUCACUUUCUGGAGGCGGUGGUGAGGAAGUUUGAUGACGUCUAUAAACACGGAAGCGAAGGGAAAGAAUGUGACAACCUGUUCACCAUUAUUGCGCAUUUAUACAACUUCCAUGUGGUGCAGUCUCGCCUCGUCUUCGACAUUUUGAAAAAACUUACUGGAACUUUCACUGAAAAAGAUAUUGAACUGAUCUUGUUAAUGCUGAAAACUGUGGGCUUUUCAUUGAGAAAAGAUGAUGCUUUAUCACUCAAGGAACUGAUCGCUGAAGCCCAGACCAGAGCCAGCAGCGCAGGCGGCAAGUUUCAGGACCAGACCAGGAUUCGGUUUAUGCUGGAGACGAUGUUGGCCCUGAAGAACAAUGACAUGCGUAAAAUCCCAGGCUACGAUCCUGAGCCUGUGGAGAAGCUGAGGAAGCUGCAGAGAGCUUUGGUCCGCCAUGCCGGCUCAGGUUCUGAGACUCAACUUCGUGUCUCCUGGGACAGCGUCUUGAAUGCGGAACAGACGGGUCGCUGGUGGAUUGUGGGGUCUGCCUGGAGCGGGGCCCCGAUGAUUGACAACAGUCAGCAUACGCACCUGCAGAAGCAGCCUGCGGGGACGGUCAGCUCCAAGAUCCUAGAACUCGCCCGCAAGCAGAGGAUGAACACAGACAUCAGGAGAAACAUAUUCUGCACAAUAAUGACAAGUGAAGAUUUUCUGGAUGCUUUUGAGAAGCUUCUAAAGCUUGGACUUAAGGAUCAGCAGGAGAGAGAAAUCAUUCAUGUUCUCAUGGAUUGCUGCCUUCAAGAGAAAACUUACAAUCCCUUCUACGCUUUCUUGGCUAGCAAAUUCUGUGAAUAUGAAAGGAGAUUUCAGAUGACUUUCCAGUUCAGCAUAUGGGACAAAUUUCGGGACCUGGAAAACUUGCCAGCUGUGAAUUUCUCUAAUUUGGUUCAUCUGGUGGCCCACUUGUUGAAGACAAAAUCGCUUUCACUUUCCAUCUUAAAGGUAGUUGAAUUCAGUGAAUUGGACAAACCCAGAGUCCACUUUUUACGAAAAGUGUUAAGUAUCCUGUUAAUGGAAACAGAAGUUGAAGACCUCGGUUUAAUUUUCACAAGAGUGUCUGACAACCCAAAGCUGGGGAUACUGCGUGAGGGCUUGAAGCUGUUCAUCAGCCACUUCUUGCUAAAGAACGCACAGGCCCAGAGAAGCGCCGAGGAAGCCAGCCUGCUGAGAGCGAGAGCUGACCUUGCUACAAAGGCUCUGCAGGGAAAAGCUUCCCUGAGACUGUAGUCAGGGAAGAAAGGCGCGCAGGUGGACCUUUGGCUGUAAACUGUCCUUUGUAAACCCAAAGGCUUGUUCUGUUGACUGCGUGUGAAAGUUUGGUGGAGCCAUGUCAUUAUCUGUUACGGUAUUAUGUUUUGAGAUAAUUUCUUU